CCGACAGCACUCUAUGGCCUCUCCCCGAUGCUGCGGGAACAGCAUAUCGUGUCCUGACACGUACGCUUCUCCUCGUUCCCAGGUCUGCGGUCGCCAAUCAUAUCUCCUGACAUAGCUGGCCAUGACGAUUCACUCCCGGGCUCCCUCACCUCUCUCUGCCAUCGACGAGGGUGCUGAGCAGCACUCAGGCGUCGACCUCGACCACUACGAAACAGCUCCACUGGCUCCAGCUGUGAACGCACCCGACCGGACGGAGAUGGGGUACGACGAACAGUUUGUGAAGCCGGAAGGUAGAAGAGGGGAUGGACCCGCACUAUUGGCAGCAUCCACCUCUGUAGCAGUCUUCUUGGUAUCGACAUGGGCGAUCACUUUCGCCAACCACCCCACGUCGCUCGGGCUAUUCUUCUUCCACCCGAUCCUCCAGAGCCUGGCCAUUGCUGCAUUUACCUAUGGCAUCUUGACUCUACAGCCCACGUCUCAAGCCAGGACGAAGGCCGCCGGCUUGACCCGGCACCAAGUAGUCAUUUUGGCCCUCGGUGUUCCCGCAAUUAGCGUUGGCACUUUUGCCAUUUACUAUCGCAAGUCGCUGCAUGACCACCCUCAUUUCACCACAUGGCACGGCACCAUAGGCAUUGCGUCAAUCGCAUGGAUGGUCGUCCAGAUGGUUGUAGGUGGCGGCAGUGUGUGGUUCGGCGGGCGGCUGUUUGGUGGCCCUAAAGCGAAGAUGUUGUGGAAAUACCACCGACUCUCGGGCUACCUGUUGUUCCCGCUGUUCCUCCUUGCAGCCUAUCUUGGAGGCGCUUGGUCAAGCUGGACGACAGGCAACAGCCCGUAUGUCGUGCGGCUGCUCGCGUUCACAAUUAGCCCCAUAGUGCUGCUUGUGGCGAUAUUGGCGAGAAUGAGGACGUCAAAGAUGCAAUUCUAAUUUGUUUUAGCAUCUACCCCGCAGUCGACAUGGGCGUCAAUAUUUAUAGUGUGUGGUUUUACUUGAUGUCUAUGUACUCGCUGCAUCUCGCAUGUGUGCCAUACUGGCAAAGCAACACGUUUCUCGC